AUGGCGCACGGGGCACUGUGUUUGUAGAAUGCUGAGAAGUUUUUACGUAAACACUUCGCUAUUUUGCAUUGUAAUCCUUAAAACUGUUAUAAUAAAUUACCCGUGACUUUUGAAUAUUGUAGCAAAGCAUACAUGUGUGUUCUAAACUUGAAGUUUCCACCUGUUUGCGAUAUCGUCUCUGUACUACUAGACACUUGCAGAUAAAUUUGUUGGUGUCAUAAUGUCAGAGGCGUACGCCCGUGAGAUAUUACGAAGGAAUGUUGCGCAAAUAUGUCAAACUAUAGGAUGGAAUGGUAUAAACUCAACUCCACUCGAUAUUCUAGUUCAUGUUCUGGAAAAAUACAUUUGCACAUUGGGAACACAAGCCAACAGAUACGCCGAACAAUUCAAUAGGACUGAACCAAAUUUACAUGACUUAGGGUUAGUGUUUCGUGAUCUUCAUAUCCAAUUACCAGACCUAGCAGAGUAUACUCGCAGUGUACCACCUGUACCGCCACCUGUCAAAACAGAAAAGUUUCCCAAACCAAAAGAGUCUAAUUUAAAUUUUUUGAAGCCUGGCAGUCAUGAGGUUGUUACAAGGCCUAUGCAUGUCCAUGAACACUUACCUCCUAUGUACCCUGAAAAAGAACGGGAUACACCAGUUGUUGCAGGUACUGUUGAAAUCCGUCAAAAUGGCAUUGACCACAUUGACAGUAAUGCAACAUGUACAAGUCCCGAAAUAUCAGUCACAGAUAGUCCAGAGAAGCCGAAAGACAUAUUUAAAAGACCAAUUGAUCCAGUCUCAUUACCAAAUAGUAAAAGGCCGAGGUUACGAUUGGAAGAAGAAGAAAGAACUAGGGAAAUUAGUAGUGUCAUGAUGACAAUGUCUGGUUUUCUUUCCCCAGCAAGGGAAGGUAAACUGCCUGAAGCUCGACCUCCCACAAUUGUUUCUGAGAAACAUCACGACAAACACAAAGCAAACUCUCACCACUCCAAUGCAUCGAAAGUACCUAUAUUAGAAAAAGGCGAUAAAAAAUCUAAGAAAAAUAAAUUAUUGAAUGGUAAGAUAAUGAAAAGUAAACGAAAAGAUAAAAGUCAUAAGGGUGAAAGUAGUAAAUCUAGGGAUAGUAAUAAAUUGGAGAGGUUUCCACCAGGAUAUCCAAUUAAAACUAAAGAUGUACAUCCAACUCAUCAUAAUCAUGUUACAAUGCCAGCGCCAAGGCCAUUGCCACAACCAGCAAAGCCUUCCAUGCCACCACCACCAUCAGUACCAACAUCUGUUAUUUCAGAACCUUUAAGGCCUGUUAUCAAACAAGAACCUGUAGAUUCACCUUCACCUGCACCUCGAUCUUCAACUAUUCUUGGUGAGGAUGCAAUACCUGUUCCAAGAAAAAUACCUAUUUCAAAAUCUCCACUUGUAUCUAAUUCUUUACCUGUAAAUAAACAUUCAACUUCCACAAAUUCACUAAUUCCAGAAGUAGAAAUAAAGAAAGAAGUUAUUGAGGAAGAAGAAAAGUUGGCUUCACAGCCAGAUAGAUCAAAAAUAAAUAUAUUUAAAAGAAUAUCGAACAAAUCUAAAGAAGAUAAGAGUAUUUCAGAGGUUGUCCCUGACAAACUGUUAACACAAUCUGAUCCAAUGAUCUCAAGAUUGCAUAAUUCAGCUCCUGUAAGUGAAAACAUUAGAGUAAAGAGUGAAGAAUUCAUUAUGAACAAUAACAAUAGUCCUGUAGAUUUGUCAAAAGAAAUAGAUAUAAGAUCACAUGAAAUCAUAAAUAUUGAUGAUGACUCAAUGGACACACACCCUAUUCCACAGUCUAGAGCCCUGCCUACCGAAUCUAGACCAGCUGGCUUAUCGAUCAAUAAGUCGCUACAAUUACCAUAUUCCAAAGAAGUAGCUAGUGUCAGUCCAAAAAUGAAAAAAGAAAAGAAACAUAAAGACAAAAAAGAGAAAGCAGCAAAAUUAGAAGCAAAACUUAAGAAACAGCAACAACAGUUAGCUUUUGAAAUGGUACAAAUGGCUGAGAAAAAGAAGAUGAAAUUGACAAACGAAAAGUCACCUAAAUCAAGUAGGCCAAAGAAUGAAUCAAAACUACCACAAAUGCCACCUGGAUUUCCAUUCUUUCCUACAAUACCACCAGGACGCUUAAUGCCAGGUCCAGGUUUAAUUCCCGGGAGUGACUUUCUUGCAGGCCUAGCGAAUAAUCCAGCAUUAAGAGGUUUACAAUCACCAAAUUUAUUAAGUAAUCCAUUUGCUUUGGGAGCAGGAGGCCCAGGACUUAUUCCAGGUCCUAGUUUUUUACCUGGUGGUCUUGGUCCUGGUAAUUUAAAUCAUCUAAUGCCAAUGGGUAAUUUCCCUCAUACAUCUCGGUCGUCAUCAGUGAAAAUACCACCGAUGCUUCGACGCCCUAGUUUGGAAGUCAUACCUGUCGAUAACGAAGAGGAAAGACUGAUGCGCAAGUCACCUAUGAUGGGUCGUGAUAAAGAUCGUCAUGAUAAGCACAAAUCACCAACCAUUCCAAAUAUUUUGCAGAAACCAAAAUCAAAAUCUAGCAAAGAUCAUAAAUCAAGUAUAUAUAAAAUGCCUCCUGUACAACCUGAUAUAACAAUUGAGCUUAAUCCUCCUAAAGUUGAACAAGUUCGACACGAACCGCCAAGAGAACCUCACCAACCAGCACGAUUGCCGUCGCCGGACCCAGAGGAACCCGCGCCAAAUCCUGAACCUGACCCAAUUCCUGAUCCGCAACCUGUUAAAGUUAUAGCUCCUGUUAUUUCUCAAUCAAGAGAAAUUGAUAAUUUAGAAAAGAAAAAGGAUAAAUCACAUAAAAAAGAGAAACGUGACAAAGAUGGUGUGAAAAUUAAAAAGAAAAAAGAUAAAAAGGAUAAAAAUAAGGACAAGUCUGAAAAGAAAAAAGAAAAAGAGGACCGACAAGAAAUAAAAGAUAAGAUAAAGAAAGAAAAAAAGGAUAAAAAGAAAGAAAAAGCAGUAGAUGGUUUGGUACCUAAAUUAACUCUUAAAAUUGGUUCUUCCAACUCGAAUUCGCCUAUGCCUCCUAGUUCGCCUGAUAUAUUUAAGUUAAAUAUAAAGCCCGUUGUAAAAAAAGAAGAAAGUUCAUCUCCCAUAAAGGAUGAAGCUGUAUCCCGCGAACAUAGUCGGUCUCCAGAGUUAGCUCAAAUUUCCGCGCUGGUAACAAGACCGCCAAAACAAAAACAUUCUAAGCAUAAUCACAUAGCUGAGUCGGAACCGCAAUCAUCUUCACCUCCGCUUGCUUCGCCACCAAGAAAAAAUCGUCCACCUUCAAGUCAUUCAAAGUACAAGAGAAUACUUUUCAAGCCUAUAGCAAAGAAAGGACUCGGCGAUAGCUAUGAAGACGAAUCUGCGUCUAUAUCAGAGGAGCCAGCGGCAAUGGCUCCUGCUCAGGCGUCUGCGCCUGCGCCUGCCUCAGCGCCGACUCCUACGCCUACGCCUUUAGAUAAACCUAGUGGACCAUUGCCAACACCUUAUUAUGUGGAUGAACAAGGUAACAAAAUUUGGGUUUGUCCUGCUUGUGGUAGACCGGACAAUGGCUCACCUAUGAUAGGUUGUGAUGGGUGCGACGGUUGGUAUCAUUGGAUUUGUGUAGGCAUUACGGAAGAACCAGGAGCAACGGAAGACUGGUUCUGUAAGUCAUGUCGUGCUAAGCGUGCCGCUUUGGUAUUGGCCGGUGUUGCCUCCGGCAAGAAGCGAGGCCGGAAACCAAAAGGAGAAAAAAUCAGAGACUGUCAUUGACUGUCGGACUUUUUGUUGUUACUGAGAUUAGUUUUAAUUAAUCCGUUCGAUAGACGUGAAUAAAUGGAUUGCGAAUAUUGUUAAUGGAUUAUUGUUGAAUGAUAUCAUGCAGAUACGUUUCAUCAUUUAUAAUGUUAUAUCAUAGGCUAGAAUUAAGGAUAGAUAAUAAUUGAAUAUUGACAUAAAAUGUUGAACAUAAAAUAGUAUAGGUACAUGUAUUAAUUACCAUAAUUUUAAUUAUUUUGUUAAAUUUCUUAUUUCUCGUUCGCUCGGUUAGAUCAAGUUUAAUGAGAAUGCGGGCGUGUUGUACACAUCUCGCAUGUAAACAUAGAGGUAAUAUAAGAUUCUUUUUAUAUUGUACAAAAAACUGAAUUUACUUAAGAAAUUGGUGAUGUAUAAAGUAAUGUAGUGAAUAUUUAAAUAAACAGAAAGAAGGCUGGAUGUAAGUUCAGCCAAUAUUUGAAUAUUUUCAUAUUAUAAUUUUAAUAUAACCCUGUUUUUUUUUGUUGAAUUUGUUCCUUCUAAACUAUGUACAGGGCUAGCACAAUCUCGCAUUACCCUCUUGCUCUAAGCGGAUCAUCAAAAUCUCGCGCAUUUGAAUCUACAAUAGCGCGAAGGUGCUCGUCCUAACUCGAUAAUUUACAUGAAGACGGGAGGUAAAUGUAAAUUUUUUGAUUUCAGCCAGUGGCCAAUUAAAUAUAUUGGUACUCGAAAAUGUAGUAAAUUAUUUGAAUCCUUCAUGCAAAACAAAAACUACCAUUUAGCAGAUUUUAUUUAUUUUAUAAAACAAUUGCAUUGCAUACAAAAAGCUGUUAUCGGUCGGAGAAAUGCAAUAAGUAUGUACUGAUUAAAUAUUAAUGUUUA